CGACUUUCUGUAUUUUGGUACUGUUGUUUCCAGGGCACAUUGUGUGUACAGUAACCCGACGUACCCAGAUUAUUAUAUAAUCGAUGUUGGUCGAGACUCACGUUUUGCUUAGGCAACUACACAGCGAAGGCGAAAACUACUAGAACACCAGACAGCGGGGCUUCAUUAUGGGCAGAGUUCAAGCUGGUCAUUCCCACCAGGGCUGGUACGCAGUUCUCUGCUUCUUUGUCAGCUUCGUAUUGUGGUCGUGGGUCCUCAAGGCUUUGGGAGUGAUGUUACCAACACUACAAGAGCAAUUCGUGGCCCAAACCUGGCUGGUCGGCUGGAUGAUAGCCAUCAUUAAUGCAGUCUCAUGCGUUACCGGUCUCCUUGCUACACCACUUGAGGCCAUGUUUGGUACUCGCACGGUGGUGACUAUCAGCGGUUUCAUGCUCGGUGUCUCUAUGAUCAUCGCUUCUUUUUCCACUAGUAUUGUCAUGUUCACAUCAAUACUAGCGCUGGCAGCAGGUCCUGCUUUAAGUGUCGUCCCUAUACUGACAAGGGCGCUAAUUGGGCGCAGUUUUCCGACAAACUAUGGUAUUGCAGCAGGAAUUGGGGGUUCGGGAGCUCCAAUAGGCCUGAUCACUGCUGGGCCAUUUGCCCAACUGUUGCUGGAUACGUAUGGCUGGAGAGGGGCUUUGCUUAUUCUUGGAGGGUUCGCCCUGCAUCUUGGGGUGUGUGGCGCCAUCUUGCGUUCAUCGUCGACUGAUGAAACCGAGACAAAUAGCAGCUAUCAGCCGUUGAGCACCGACGCCAAUGAGGAACCUCGAGUUGGUUCAUCAAGUGCCGAGGAGAAAGGCAACCUGAAGCAGUCAUCAUAUAAUACCUUCAAAGACCCCCUCAAGUCCAUGGUGAAACACAUUGGAAUCUCAGUUUGUUUCCAGGUCUCAUUUUGGUUCACAGCAGUCAUCUUAAUAUUGGGCCGUUUUGUGGAUGAUCAUUGGUUGAUCUAUUACGUUUCUCAAGCAGAAGCAAAAGGAUUCUCUCCAUACGAGGCUGUGACAUUCACCACAGCCGGAGGGGUCGGCAACGUCGUUUCCAGGAUUGUGUUUGGUUUUAUCGUCGACAGAAAUUUGUUGAAUUUACGACCGGCGUUGGUGCUGAUGAUCGUACUGAGUUCCUCGGCUCUACUGAUAGCUCCCUGGUUAAAUACCUACUGGCUGAUGAUGGCCGGCUCCUUCGUCUUUUGUGCUGGGAAUGGAGCAAUUGCCUUAUUGAAUGAUCUGUACACUAGGGAGCUGCUUGGAACUGAUCUCUUGGUAUGUGCUUUCGCUUGGAUGGAAACGUUGACGGCCAUUUUAGGUUUCAGCCUUGGAUUCUAUCCAGGUUGGAUGUACGACCAGAGUGGGAGUUUUGAUUGGGCCUUUUUUAUUCUGGGAUGCAUAUCAGCUCUUUCGUUGGUGGGGCUGUUGAUGGAAUGGGUCCUGUCGAGAUGCAAGUAUCAGCAGACGGCUUGAAAUACGCCUAAUUAAACUACGAGAAUGCUGACGUGUGACAUCAAAAGAAAAAAAGUUAUAGAAAGGAUCGUGUACCGUUUCAUUGCAAUUUGUUGAUUGUGGAUGAUAUCAUUAUUAUAUAAAUAGUUUAAUAAGCCAAAUUGGUGACGAAUCACCCAUUUUCGCACGAAUUUGGAUGCAUGUUUAGAUCAACAUUCAAUUAAAUAAAUAAGUUUAAAUGUAAAAGCAUAUGCGAUUGCACUUUUCAACGAUUCAAUUUCAAAGAUAAUGCAUUCAUAAAAUGUCAUAUCGGGUCAUUCAAAUUCGCAUGAGCUUCACGUUGCGUCAGUUUGGGAAUUCGAAUUCGCAAUUAAGCAAGCAUUUGCGAAAUAUGAGCAAAGGUAUUCGAAGCCGGUUCAUGUAAUUACUUUGUUCGUCAGUUUGUUCUUUGUUUCUUUGUUCCAAUUUUAAAAAUGCAUAAAAACUAACUGUUUCCCCGAGAUUCGGCUACAAAUUACUAUAUUUUGCAUAAAAAUAAAGCACGUGUACUGAAAUGAAGCUUGUUUAAAAUAAAGCUAAUUGAGGAAAAGGUUAGAGAUAUAAGAAAACCCAGAUCGCAACUUAAUUAAAGAGCAAAAGGUAACAAGAACGUUUAAAAUAGUAUGUGAACGCGAUAAAAAGAGGUAUAAAGGAUCUCCUAGUUCAAUGUUGCCUAUUAUAAGUUUAUUGUUUAUGUGUCGACUUUCGUGUACGAUGUUUAAUUGUUUCGCUUCACUAGUUUACACUUUUACUUGUUCAGAUUAUAAAGACAGAUAGGCCUAACAUAAUUAUACUUUUGAACAAAAGAGACUAGCAUGAAACCAAUAAUAAAAGAACAUGUGAAAAGUGAUACAAAUAUAAAUCUCGCAUCUUGCCUUCGUUUCCCAUUAUUUUUAAUGCAGAAAGUACUAAAUGGGAUGCGCGGAGAUGAAAACGAAAAUAGGUUUCUUAUGCAAAUAACCCUAAACCAAACAGACUGCUAAAUUGAAGGAUGUGUUAAAAAUGAAAAUGUCAGGUCUGACAAACGAAUUUGAACGUCUGGAAACUUAUACGAACCAAGCGAUCGAAUGACAGCAAGGAGCUAUAUGUCGUUUCAAAUCGGCCACUAUCAAGAUGAAUUUGAACGCUGUUUUUGCGAAAUUGGCCAGGAAAACCUAUAGGCCUAGUAAAUUUUAUGUCAAUACUGGAAGUGAAACGCCGAUAUAACGAACAGGAAUCUACAGAAAUUGUUCGUAAUAGCGAUCG